UUUUUUUGGGGGAACAUGGCCCCUCUGUAUGAGGAUCCCAUUCAGGGAGUUCCCUUGAGGAUAAUUGGCGAUGGUAUUGGCACUAAAAUGAUUCCGGACACGUGGAGUCUUUCGGACCCGAUCUUGUUGCGCCACGUCCUGGUGUUGGUAGUUCUGGUCAAUGCGGCAUUUCAUGUGGUCCUCUGCUGUCGACAGUUGAAAAUGUGCAACACUAAAAGGAAGCCACCAUACGAAAUGGGUGGCGUUAUGUCGGCCGAAGCAUUUCAGGAGUCCAAGGACCGAGAAAUGCAUUCAGUUUGGCUUUUAUUGACUGGCUAUGUGUGUGAUGCCUUCUUUAGUAUAAUGGAUCUGUACUUUGGCAUCCUGGCCGGAAUCUGGAAUGUAUGUGUGUCCUGGUAUAGCCACGCCGAUCUGGUCUGGUUGAAUAUGGCCUUCAUGUCGCUAUUUACCAUCUACAUGGUCCUUCGACUGCUGCCCCAGCUCUUCUAUGAAAAGCUAUCAUUGGAUCCCGACUAUAAUGUGGAUCCGGAAAAAACUCCCCCCUUGAUGGGUCUCCUCUGCACUCUGGCCUUUGUGGCGGUUUUCCUUCAGCUGAUCGUAAUACCGGUGACCGUGAUAUUUGUGUACAUUGAACAGAACACCCACUGGCUGUUUUCCGUGGUGGUGUGGGUCUUUCUCCUGUUGGUCACUAUUCUUGUGAUGGCCCUGAUGGGGUUCUUUGGAGUGCCCUGCCUGGGCCGAAGCUACAAGAUGGAGCAAGAGGUCAUGGACGAUGAACUACUGUCUGUUCUGGGACGGUUCAAUUUUCGCUUGGAUCGGAUCCAUUUGGUGCACACCUUCCACGUGGGACGUCCCACGGCCUGGGUCCUGGGCUGCUGCUGCUGCCUUCGACUGGACAUUCACGAUAAUCUCAAGUUCAACCGGGGUCUGGCCGUGGACGACCUGCCAUCCACCCACGUGGGCUCCGGACUGGGGGAGGAGGAGCUGGCGGCCUUUGUGGCCCACCAGCUGGCCCACUGGAAGAUGCGGCAUGUGCCCAAAGCCGUCGUUCUAAUCCACCUGAUCCUCUUAAUUUACCUAAUCAUCUUCUCCUAUGCGAGUACCUUGAACACCCUCUACAAGGCGGCCGACUUUACGGAUUUUUAUCCCCAAAUGAUUGGUUAUUGGCUGGUCUACAAAUACCUCCUCCCGCCCGUACACCUGAUAGCCACCUGGAUAGUUUUAUAUUUCCUCCGGCACUUUGAGUACCAUGCAGAUUCCUAUACCUAUCAUAUGGGUUAUGGGUCUCCUAUGAAGAAGGCUCUUCUGAAGCUCUUUGCCGAUUCAUUCGUCUAUCCCUAUAUAGAUCAUGCCUAUCUCAUGUGGCACCUGACCCAACCAUCAACCAUCCAGCGAAUUUUACAUCUCCAGCAACUGGAAAACAUAAAUUUACGAGUCUCGAUGAUAUCCCUAAUAUGAAUGUCACUAGAAUUUGGAAGCGAUUUGCCUAUUUUCCAUUAUUAAAAUAUACCCAUGCCAGUCAGUUGGUUAUUCAACUAUUUUAAACUGUCACAAUCUUGAAGUUUUGAGCCAAAAAAAAAAUAGAGCUAACCAACUACCACAAAACUGAGAUUUGAACGAGUUGA